AUGUUCAUUUAUUUAGUUUUAGGACUCGUUGCAAUCAUAGCAUUUAAAUUUUUCCACCGAGAUAAUGUGAUUGAGUUUACUGUUCCUGUGCCAAAGGAGGCUAAACCAGGUUGGAAUAAUGGCAAAAUUUUGGAUAAACCUAAUAUUCGAGACCCAAAAAAUCCUGGCUUUAUACAAUGUUAUGACCCAGCCACAGGACAAUUAUUAGAUACCAUAAAAGCUCACACAGAAAAUGAUAUUGUUGAAUCUUUAAAAAAAGCUCGCAAUGCACAAAUAAAAUGGUCAAAAACAACAUUCUCGGAAAGAAGGAAUGUAUUAAAGUCGUUAUUGAAUUUCAUUGUAAGAAAUCAAGAAGAAAUUUGUUGGGUUUCUUUACUUGAUGCAGAAUUUGGAGAAAUUAUGGUUACAUGUGAAAGAAUUCGAUGGACUAUUAAAAAUGGGGAAAAUGCGUUAUCACCACAAUAUCGUGAUGUUCCUAUGAUAAUGCCUUAUAAAAUAGCAAAACUUGAAUUUGAACCACUUGGUGUCGUUUCUGCCAUAAUUUCUUGGAAUUAUCCAUUUCAUAAUGCAAUGGGACCAAUUAUAUCAGCAUUAUUUGCAGGAAAUGGAAUUUUGGUUAAAUGUUCAGAGCAAGUUGCUUGGUCAAUGAAAUAUUUUAGUGAUAUCAUAAAGAAAUGUUUAAUUCAAUGUGGUCAUGAUCCUGAUAUUGUACAAUUCUUAUGUGGAUUUCCUGAUUGUGGAAAAUCAUUGGUUCAAAGUGGACUUGAUGGAAUAACAUUUAUUGGGUAUUUAAAUCGAAUUGGCAAAAAAAUUAUGCAAACCGCAUCAAAUACAUUAACACCUUGUAUUUUAGAAUUAGGCGGUAAAGAUAGUGCAAUAAUUCGUCAUGAUACUGAUUUAGAUAAGACAAUUUCAAUUAUUUUACUGAAAAGAGUUCUUAAUAAUAUUAAAUUAAUGAGAGUUGGAUGUUCAUUAAAUGAUGAAGAUAAAGUUGACAUUGGAGCCAUUACCAUGAGUGAUCAUACUGAAAAAAUCACUACUCUUAUAAAAUCCGCCAUAUCACAAGGUGCAAUACUUCUACACGGUGGACACGUUUAUAAUCAUCCCAAUUAUCCCAAAGCUCAAUAUUAUACACCAACACUUUUAACAAAUGUAACUUCACAAAUGGAAAUAGCUAAAACUGAAAUUUUUGCACCUGUAAUGGUGAUAAUGAAAUUUAAAAGUGAUGAAGAAGCUAUUGAGAUAGCAAAUAUUACACCUUAUGGAUUGGGUAAUUCAAUUUUUACUUCCGAUCAAAAUAAAAAAUAUUGGAUGGCGAAAAAAUUAAGAUGUGGAAUGGUUAAUUGGAAUGAUUUUGGUGCUAGUUAUUUAUGUAAUUUGCCAUUUGGUGGUGUUGGAAAUUCAGGAUUUGGAAGAUUCGCUGGUGUAGAAGGUUUGAGAUCACAAUGUUUAAUGAAAUCAAUAACAUUUGAUCGCUUCCCAUCAAUCAUUAAAACAAAUAUACCACAACUAUUAACUUAUCCUAUCUCAACUAAUGGAUCAAUGUUUGUAAAUAAUUUGAUUAAAGUGAUUUAUGAGAAUAAUUGGUUGAACAAAGUUAAAGCUAUUUUAGAAUUAAUUAAGGUUUCAAUUAAAGAGUAG